AAGAGAGGGAGGACGAGAGGAAGAGAGGGAGCGAGAGCGGCGCCUCCCCAGGCCCGGCGUCGGCGGCGGCGAGAGGGAGGGAGGGAGGGGGUCGGGGGCGAGCCUCGGCGGCGCGCAAUUGACGUCGCCCGAGCGCCACCGCCGCCGCCGCUGCUGCUGCUUCUGCCGCUCGUGCUGCUGCUUCCACUGCUGGGCGGCUUCCUCCUCCUCCUCCUCCUCCUCCUCCUCCUUCCUCUUUCCCUCCCUCCCUCCCUCCCCAUCCUCCUCCUCCUCCUCCUCCUCCUCAGAGGGAGCCGCACGUAGGAGCCCAACGUGACCGCUGCCGCCGCCGCUGCUGCUGCCGGGCCUUGGCGUCUUCUUCCUCUUCUUCUUCCUCCUCUUCGUCCGCCAUGGCUCCGGAGCCCCCGUGCUGCCCAUCCGCGGGGGCGAGGGGCGUCUAGGAGCCUUCCUCCCGCUCUCCCCCGCCUCCUCCUCUUCCUCCUCUUCCUCCUUCCAUCCCUCCUUCCAUCCAUCCAUCCCUCCGCGGUGCCGGCGUGGUGGCGAGGAGCAUGUGGCCCCGGCGGCCAUGGAUCUAGGCGAGGGCGAGGAGGGCGGGGGCCACGGGGGGGCUCCUGCGCGGCCCCUCCUCAUCCUCCUCCUCCCCCUCUUCUUCCUCCCGGCCGGGGCGCGCGCACAAGGCGUCUACGCCCCUCCCACGGUGCGCAUCAUCCACUCGGGCCUGGCCUGCAACAUUGAGGAGGAGCGAUAUUCCGAGCGCGUCUACACCAUCCGUGAAGGAGAGACGCUGGAGCUGACCUGCCUUGUGACGGGACACCCUCGGCCACAGAUCAGAUGGACCAAAACUGCAGGAAGUGCCUCCGACCGGUUCCAAGACUCGAGCGUCUUCAACGAGACCCUGAGGAUCUCCAAUAUCCAGCGGCACCAAGGCGGGCGCUACUACUGCAAGGCCGAGAACGGGCUGGGCUCUCCCGCCAUCAAGUCCAUACGGGUCGACGUCUACUACCUGGAUGACCCCAUUGUGACGGUGCACCAGAGCAUCGGCGAGGCGAAGGAGCAGUUCUACUACGAGCGCACGGUCUUCCUCCGCUGUGUGGCCAACUCCAACCCACCCGUGCGGUACAGCUGGCGCAGAGGGCUGGAGGUGCUUCUCCAAGGGUCGGACAAAGGGGUGGAGAUCUACGAGCCCUUCUUUACCCAGGUAGGAAUCAAGGGUGAAACCAAGAUCCUGAAGCUGAAGAACCUCCGGCCUCAGGACUAUGCCAAUUACAGCUGCAUCGCGUCGGUCAGGAACGUCUGCAACAUCUCUGACAAAAUGGUGUCCUUCCGGCUCUCAAACAAAACAGCUUCUCCCUCCAUCAAGCUCCUGGUGGACGACCCCAUCGUGGUGAACCCCGGCGAGGCCAUCACGUUGGCCUGUGUCACGACGGGAGGGGAGCCGCUGCCGACGCUGAGCUGGGUGCGGUCGGUGGGCUCCCUGCCGGAGAAGUCGUCCCUGAAGGGCGGGACGCUGACCAUCCCCGCCAUCACCUCGGAGGACGCCGGCACCUACAGCUGCAUCGCCAACAACAACGUGGGGAACCCGGCCAAAAAGUCCACCAACAUCAUCGUCCGAGCCUUGAAAAAAGGACGCUUCUGGAUCACACCCGACCCGUACCACAAAGACGACAACAUCCAGAUCGGGCGGGAGGUGAAGAUCUCCUGCCAGGUGGAGGCGGUCCCUUCGGAGGAGCUGACCUUCAGCUGGUUCAAAAACGGCCGCCCGCUGCGCAGCUCCGAGAGGAUGGUCAUCACCCAGACCGACCCCGACGUCUCUCCCGGAACCACCAACCUGGACAUCAUUGACCUCAAGUUCACGGACUUUGGGACGUACACCUGCGUGGCCUCUUUGAAAGGCGGCGGCAUCUCGGACAUCAGCAUCGACGUCAACAUCUCCAGCAGCACAGUUCCACCCAACCUGACUGUCCCGCAAGAGAAGUCCCCCUUGGUCACCCGGGAAGGAGACACGGUCGAGCUGCAGUGCCAGGUGACGGGGAAACCCAAGCCCAUCAUCCUCUGGUCCAGGGCCGACAAGGAGGUCCCCAUGCCUGAUGGGUCCAUGCAGAUGGAGAGCUACGAUGGGAUCCUCAGGAUCGUCAACGUCUCGCGGGAGAUGACCGGGACCUACAAGUGCCAGACCAGCCAGUACAAUGGAUUUAACGUCAAGCCGAGAGAGGCCCUGGUCCAGCUCAUCGUACAAUAUCCUCCGGCGGUGGAGCCAGCCUUCCUGGAGAUCCGCCAGGGCCAGGGCCGGAGCGUCACCAUGAGCUGCCGGGUGCUGAGAGCGUAUCCCACCCGGGUCUUGACUUUCGAAUGGCGGCUGGGCAACAAACUGCUUCGGACUGGGCAGUUUGACGCCCAGGACUCCACGGAGUACAUCAUCCGGAGCCUCUCCAGGGACAAUUAUGGGAUUUACAACUGUAACAUCAUCAACGAGGCCGGAGCAGGACGGUGCAGCUUCCUGGUGACAGGCAAAGCCUAUGCCCCGGAGUUCUACUACGACACCUACAGUCCUUUGUGGCAGAACCGGGCCCGAGUCUACGCUUACAGCCUGGAGUGGACCCAGAUGAACCCGGAUGCUGUGGACCGCAUCCUGACCUACCACCUGGGCAUCCGGCAGGCUGGGCAACAGCGCUGGUGGGAGCAGGAGAUUGCGGUCAACGGGAAGAUCCAAAAAGGAGAGUUGAUCACUUACAAUCUGACCGAGUUGAUCAAGCCGGAAGCCUACGAAGUGCGCCUGACCCCAGUCACCAUAUUCGGAGAUGGAGAUUCCACCAUUCGCGUAAUCAAGUACAGCGAUUCUCUGCUCUCUUUUUCUCUUCCAGCCCCAAUGAACCCCCACUUACGAGAAUUCCACUGCGGCUUUGACGACGGCAACAUCUGCUUGUUCACCCAAGACCCGAAGGACAACUUCGACUGGACGCGGCAGAACAUCAUCCUCCGAGACACAAAGUACACGCCGAACACGGGCCCCAGUGCAGACCGGACCGGCUCCAAGGAUGGCUUCUUCAUGUACAUCGAGGCCUCCAGCCCCAGGAAGGAGGGGGACCGAGCCCGGCUCAUCAGCCCUAUCUUCAGCAUUCCCCCCAAAAACCCCUACGGAGCCACCAACACCGCCUACUGCUUCAGCUUCUACUACAACAUGUACGGGCAGCACAUCGGAACGUUGAAUGUUUACCUGCGGUUGAAAAGCCAGACGACCCUGGAAAGUCCCUUCUGGUCUUCGAGCGGCAACAAGGGACAGGGCUGGCUCCAGGCCCGGGUCAAUAUACACCCCAACACUUCAUUCCAGGUUAUUUUCGAAGGGAUCCGUGGCCGUGGCAUUGAAGGAGACAUAGCCGUCGAUGAUAUAUCCAUCGUGGAAGGAGAGUGCACGAAAUCGGAAUCUCCGGACAAUCAUAUACCUUCGGGUGCAGGCAGGAGACUGCCCCAUAUACGGAUUUUCCCCGUUUUCCUUCUCGUGUCUGUCUUAAGUCAUCAGAGGUGACCUUAUUCCGGCAGAGGCUACAACACAGAUGUACCACGCACUGGCAUGAAGAAAAGAGAACAUUUUAAAAAGAAACAAACAAAAAAACUACCAAAGAUUCCUCCACGGACUGACUCAAAUACGUUUUUUAAAGAAGUAGAAGAAGAAGAUGAAUCAAUCGUCAAGUAUAUAUAUAUUUCACAUAUAUAUAUAUAUAUAUAUCUGUAUGAAAAGGAAGCAUUGGGAGUUUUUAAAGAAACACAUGAAACGAAUAAACAAAGGGGACUGUGGGCACCUCAAUGUGCCAUGUGCCACAUGCGGACGUGAAGGACAAAGACCUUCAGGUGCUUUUUUUUUGUGCGGUUAAUUAAUGACGAACAAACGAAAAGGGAAUAAAAAGAGACACACGCAACACGACACACACACACACACACCAGACACACACAAACACACGGUCUCCGUUGGAAGAACUCUUGUCAAAAGAGCUACUGAAUUCCUUGUCAAAGCACAAGUCAUGGCUUGUUUUGUUUCAAAUGAAUAGUUUGCUUGUUGCCAUGGGAUCCGAAUGGCCUGCCGGAAGAGAGAUUUCAUAAAAGAAAAGAGGGAGAGAGAGAGGAAAGAGGGGAAGGAGGGAGAGACGAGGAGGAGGAAGAGAGAGGGGAGUGUAUCCCUAUGCCUCAUUGCAAAACAGGGUACCAGUGGAGUUGGGCGAUUCCUUUUCGUUUUCCCCCGAGGGGUAUUUUUUCGCAUCGAGUCCGACCAUGAGCCGCAGUCCCUUUCCUUGCCUCUAGGGGCGCCUUCCUGAUGCACUUUCGGGCUGACGCUCCUGCGCGGUUGAAGACAUUCUGUUCCAGUUCUUCAUGGCAAUGCGCAACGGCAGUACGCGGUCUCCACUUUGCAUGCAUUGACGUAACUCCGGGACAUACAAAGACGACGGCGUGGACUUUGCCCAGAGUUUGCUUGCGGCCACUUGAACACACCGAAACACCUCCUCCCGCCCGUGCCCUCCGAGAACAUCCCGCUCCGGCCCUUCUGCCUCUCAUCCCACUCGCUCCCACUCCCAUCCCCGACCAAAACCAUCCCUUCGAACCAAGUGACGAAGAAAACCAAACUACCAUCUUUUUUUCUAAAAAUGCCAUGGAAACCAAGUGCCUUCAAUGAUAACAAGCCUGAGAAAUAAAAAUGGGGUGGGGUGGGGGGAGAAAACCACACACAUGUAUACACACACAUGGACACACACACACAUGCAGACGUUCCGGUGGAGAGAUGCGUGCAAACUCAAAGAAGGGUUUGCGUAUAACUCUUUUUGGGGGGGUGGGAUCCUUGUCGUUGUUGUUUUCUAAAGCAAGCCUACAGAGCGAAACUGGUUGAGGGACCCAGAGAAACACGUAUGUUUCUCAAGAUGGAUUGACUUGAACGAGAGCACGCCGAUCCUUCUGAGAUGGAGAUGGCGCAUCGGAAACAGCCAUGGAUCUGGCCUUCAUCUAGUCAAAGGCGAAAUGGAGCGAGACACCCCUUGCUUUUCGGGCUAUGAAAGUCGUGGAGGGUCCAUAGCUCAAAAAGGAGAUGUGCAACACAUGAACACACACAUGAACACACACCUUUUUUUUCUUACUCUAACCUCUGUGCGGAAAAAAAACGAAACGAAACCGAGAUUGGUUCUAACUUUAUAGCGAGCCGAAACCGGAGUUCCAAGGGACGUUGCAGUGCGUACGGCAAACACACACAAACAAAAAACUCGAGACCGAGACCGAACUCUUUUGUGGUGAAACUUGCAGGCUGGCUGAACCUGGUUCCAUUCCCAAACGCGGAGAAAAGAAGAAGGCCUCUGCCCUUUCAUCAGACUCUGUGCAAAUUGUGAAAUAUUAUUUUAUUAUUUUAGCAAAAAUUAAAAAAAAAUUGACAAAACAAAACCACUUUUACAAAAAAGAGAAAGAGAGAGAGAGAGAAUAAUACUGGUAAUAAUAAUAAAACUUGUAAAAAUUUAUUUUCAGCUACCUGGUUCCAUCCCAUAUCUAUAAGCAGCCAAUGUUCCAAUACAGUGUAAAUUUCCCCGUCUGAGCUGGAAAUGGAAAUUGAGAGACCUUUUCCCUUCAGUUAUCUCAGCUUUUAACUUCACUUGAAAGAGAGAGAGAGAAAAAGAGAGCUUUUUUUGUCUAAGCAAGAGUUAUUAUUAUAAUUAUCAUGAUUAUUAUAUGUUCUUUCAAAUACCCGAGGAUGAAACGAGAGGGAGGGGGAAACUGAUAUGCAAAUAAUUCGGAUAUUCAAAGAAAGUCAAAAGAAUAACAUUUGAAAACAUUAAUAUUUUGAAAAAAAGCACAAAGAGAUGCAGUAAAAAAAGUGACGAGGCUUGAUUUUUUAAAACAAAUCUGUAGAAAAAAAAAGUUUGUGCCGAUAAUUCAGUCAUUCAACUGAAAGAAAUAAUUUUACAACAAUGUUCAAUAAAGCUUAUUUCCAGGUAA